AUGAAGCUCCAGCGACAUCAACCCCGCCGUGGUGCAACGAGUCUCCGGAGACGACGGUUAACCAGCACGAGAUAUUGUCGCAAGAUUGAAAAGCUUGCCGCCAUGUCUCAAUCCCUCCGCCCUUACCUGCAGUGCGUACGCAGCAGCCUGACGGCCGCGUUGACGCUGUCCAACUUUGCCUCGCAGACAGUCGAGCGUCACAACGUCCCCGAGAUUGAGGCACAAACAUCGCCCGAAGUCCUCCUUACGCCGCUGCACAUUGCGAGAAACGAAAACGAGCGGGUCUUGAUCGAGCCCAGUGUCAACUCCGUCCGAAUUAGCAUCAAGAUCAAGCAGGCCGACGAGAUUGAGCAUAUCCUAGUACACAAAUUCACACGAUUCUUGACACAAAGAGCAGAGUCCUUCUUUAUUUUGCGAAGAAAGCCUAUCAAGGGUUACGAUAUUUCCUUCUUAAUUACAAACACACACACCGACGAAAUGUUGAAACACAAGCUUGUCGACUUUAUUAUUCAGUUUAUGGAAGAGGUGGACAAGGAAAUCUCCGAGAUGAAGCUCUUCCUGAAUGCCCGAGCUCGUUUCGUCGCUGAAUCUUUCUUGACUCCUUUUGACUAA